AUGUCUCGCCGUUCGCUGAGACUUAUCCAAAAGUCAGAGAUACAGCCUGAGUCCGCAAAGUCCGACGAAGAAAUUCGAGAGGAGAUUCGUCGUGAUUUAGAGGCGAUCCGUGCGAAGAAUUUGGCAGAAAACCCAAAUGCGUACGAUGAGUUCAAGGAGACAUCCGAAUAUCUCGACGCUCUGCCAGAAACUCCCAAGAUCAAGCCAGUAAAAGGGAAUUUGAAAAAAUACCUAACAGAGAGAAAGAAGAGGGAAAAGUUCUUGCUCAGCUCGGCUGGACCUAAAUCCGUCCCACCAAAGGCCAAGCCCGCUGAAUCGCUGCCAACGCCAAGGGAAAAGUCAAAGGUCGUCAAAUCGUUGAACUUCGCGCCGACGAAAACGCCUCAGCGAAAAUCGACCAGAGCAGAGCGGAAACGAUCCCCAAUUCGAAAUCAAGGAGGACUCCCGCCCAAAUCGCCGUUUCGAUUUAAUCCGACAAGAACUGAGUCUCCGAUGCGACGGGUGAACUUUGGCACAACCGAUGACAAAAAGUUAUUCGUCUUUGGUAAAAAGGAGGCGGAAAAGAAAGAGAACGAACCGCCAAAAACUCCAGUUCGUCGGCAACCGAGGAAGACGACGUACAAGCAUGUUGUUGGCAACUACAAUGUCAACAACUGCAAGUACGAAAAGAUGAGCGCCCGGGACCGUCGAAUGGCCUACUCCGCACAAGUCGACAAGAGGAACUUGCGAAAGAAGGGAGUAAAAGAAAUCACCAAGCGAGGAAAGCCGGACAAGAAAGCAGCAUUUGCGAAGAAACGCGAAGGAAUCGUCGAAAGCCUUCGAAAGAUCUAA